UGCCAUAGCCAUUCACCGCGGUGCAUUUCUUGACCUCUGCUGUGGGUGAUGGGUCUGCUCCUUUGGGCGACUGAAGGGCGUGGCCUGGGUGGCUUCUGAUGGGGAGGCGGGGCUUAGGGACGGUUGCUAUGGGCGAUGGUGGGUGUGGUGAAGGAUGGAGGGGGUGGAGCUUCUAGCCAUCGUGCUGUUACUCCUUAGCUCCCUCUAGAGGCUGCGUCCUGGGCUGCAAUUAUGGAAAACCAGUGGUUAAUGGGACUUGUAGUUAGGAAAAACAAAAAUGUCCCUGUAAAACUCAAAAACGGCUUUGAAAAGUUACUUUUUGGGUCCCUGUUAAUGCCUUUGUAAAAGCAGAAGCUAUCAAAUACUGAUGCAAGAGCGUGCACAGGCUAGCCAGGAUUUAGAUGAAAGCAGAGCAUGGGUGUGUGUGGGGGGGGGGAGGUCUUUCGGACUACGACUCCCAGAAUCCCCCAGCCCAUUGGCCAGAUCUCUCCUUGGCAGAGAACACAGGGGAAAGUCACUGAGUGCGUUCAGCCUCCAGAUCCUUAAAUUUGAAAAGUGGAACCAGGGUCCACGCUGGACCCUACCUGGGCAGGUUUUGAACCCGGGGCCGCCUCUUGGUCUCUCUCUCUCUCUUUCCCUCUUUCUCUUUCCCGCUGUCCUUUUCUGCUGCACGAUUGCAUGCGCACGAGUGUGCCACCUCUGCCCCCAGCAUGCCAGACGCCCCGAACGAUAACCGCCCCCCCUCUGUCUCCCUGUCUCUCUCUUUCUCUGUUUCCCGGUGGGACUCCUUUCUCACUCCAGCAGCCUGCUCCCCCGGGAGCCCCACGGCCCGAUCCGCCCUCGAAGCCACUACCUCCGGACCCGGUUCCCAAGGGCCGACAGGCCUUGCUCCAAGACAGGCCCGCGCCCCCUACUCGGCCGUUGCCUGCCGACCCCAUUCCUAAAAAUGCUCAGGCCCCCAGUCCCGCCAAGCCCCCUCCUCCCCGGAAGCCACUCCCGUCGGAUCCUCUCCGGGCCGAGCCGUGCGUCGCCCCCUGCUAUGACCCCCGUGUCCAGAUGCUACCAUCAAGGCCUGCACCACCUCCGCCUCCCACAGCGACCGGAUCUUCAACACACGUCCACGAAAUCUAAUCCGGGCUGGCUGAAGGCACAAGACUGGAAUGUGUUUAGGCCUGCCGUGCUUUAUUCGAGGCAGGGCAGGGGGAGGAAGACGGCAGGGGGUGCUAUGAGGAUGAAGAUGAUGCCAGCCCCUCCCUGCCACUUGCUUUGCUAGCUUCGACUGUGGAUUCUGGGGGGGGGAGGCCCCUCCGUGGCCUCGGCAAAGCCGGACCCUUCUGUCCCGACGGCGGACGUUGCACUGAGAGCCAGGCCAAAGUGCCACCAUCUUGACUUCUCUGGCCUGCGCCGGACUCUGGACCCAAGGCAUUCUGGGAAAAAUGGGGGGGGGAGAGAAGAGUCUUUGCACUGGGUAAGUGGGGGCACUGAGUUCCCCAAGCCAAUCUGCGUGUAUGUACAUGUGUGUAUCAGGCUGCACAUGGAGAUAACCUAUAUGCCAUCAUCUGAGAAUAGACGAGUAAGAUGAUGCGCUGGGAAAUCUCUUCCAUUUCACCCUUGUGGCUGGAGAAAUCCUGAUGAUUUGGGAGAUGUCCAGCUGUCAAGCAACUACUUUUUCUUAAUAAAAGCAGAGAGAUGGCAUUAUUUUCCCAGUUCUUACACCCUUUCCCUGUAUUA